UCCACUCUCUGUGUUUUCACUUCUCGUUUUGCCGAUCAACGAACCACCGUAACCGGCGACAGAAUGACGGACCUCGAUUUCACCCGUGACAAAGAUCUCGCCAAAGACUUUCUUCAAAACUUCGCCGAUGCAGAUGGCGAAGCUAAAUACAUUAAUAUCCUUCAAGACGUUGCGAACCGGAAGAUGAAAGCGGUUCAAAUCGACAUUGAAGAUCUAUUUGAUUAUAAGGAUUUGGAUGAGGAAUUUGUGGGACGAGUAACAUCGAAUACUCGAAGAUAUGUUGGAAUAUUUGCUGAUGCAAUAGAUGAGUUGAUACCUGAGCCAACUGAGGUGUUACCUGAUGAUGAUCAUGAUAUAUUGAUGACACAAAGAGCUGAAGAAGGCAAUGAGAAUGCUGAUGGUACUGAUUCUAGACAGCAAAUGCCCCCUGAAAUCAAACGUUUUUAUGAAGUUUACAUAAGAGCUUCUUCAAAGGGUCAGCCUUUUACUAUAAGGGAAGUCAGGGCGUCAAAUAUUGGCCAGCUUGUCAAGAUAUCUGGCAUUGUCACUCGUUGUUCGGAUGUAAAACCGUUGAUGAAGGUUGCUGUUUACACAUGUGAGGAGUGUGGUUUCGAGAUAUAUCAGGAGGUAACUGCUCGAGUUUUCAUGCCCCUCUUUGAAUGCCCAUCUAAUCGUUGUAAAGUUAAUCGGGCAAAAGGAAACCUUAUUCUCCAACUCAGAGCUUCAAAGUUCCUGAAAUUUCAGGAGGCAAAAAUUCAAGAGCUUGCUGAACAUGUUCCGAAAGGUCAUAUUCCUCGCACAAUGACUGUUCACUUUCGUGGCGAACUUACAAGAAAGGUAGCCCCAGGUGAUGUUGUUGAGCUAUCUGGAAUAUUUCUUCCUAUUCCUUAUACCGGCUUUAGAGCAAUGCGAGCAGGCUUGGUGGCAGAUACGUACUUGGAGGCUAUGUCAGUUUCACAUUUCAAGAAAAAAUACGAAGAGUAUGAGCUCAAAGGAGACGAGGAAGAACAAAUUUCCCAACUAGCCGAGGAUGGUGAUAUAUACAGCAAGCUGGCACGCUCAUUGGCCCCUGAGAUUUUUGGACAUGAAGAUAUCAAGAAAGCUCUUUUACUCCUAUUAGUGGGUGCUCCUCAUCGUAAACUGAAGGACGGAAUGAAGAUAAGAGGGGAUCUACAUAUAUGCUUGAUGGGUGAUCCUGGUGUUGCUAAAAGUCAACUUCUUAAGCACAUAAUUAAUGUUGCUCCAAGGGGUGUAUAUACCACCGGAAAAGGAAGCAGUGGAGUUGGUCUGACAGCAGCUGUUCAGAAGGAUCCGGUGACAAAUGAGAUGGUUCUGGAAGGCGGAGCUUUGGUUCUAGCAGAUAUGGGUAUCUGUGCGAUUGAUGAGUUCGAUAAGAUGGAUGAUUCCGAUAGGACGGCCAUACACGAAGUCAUGGAGCAACAGACUGUUAGCAUUGCAAAGGCUGGGAUCACGACUUCCCUGAAUGCAAGAACUGCAGUUCUUGCUGCUGCCAAUCCUGCCUGGGGAAGAUAUGAUUUACGUAGAACUCCAGCUGAAAAUAUUAAUCUACCUCCAGCACUUCUAUCAAGAUUUGAUCUUUUGUGGUUGAUCCUUGACAAAGCGGAUAUGGACAACGACCUUGAAAUGGCUAGACAUGUUGUUUAUGUCCACCAGAAUAGAGAAUCUCCUGCUCUUGGGUUUGCACCUCUUGAAGCUUCUGUCCUUAGGGCAUACAUUUCAGCUGCCAGAAAGAAGUCUCCAUCUAUUCCUAGAGAGCUGGAGGAGUACAUAGCGACUGCAUACUCGAGUAUCAGGCAAGAAGAAGCAAAGUCAAACACCCCAACCUCAUACACCACUAUCAGAACUCUUCUCAGUAUUCUAAGGAUAUCAGCUGCACUUGCGAGGCUGAGGUUCGCUGACACUGUUGGUCAGAGUGACGUGGAUGAGGCACUUAGAUUGCUGCAGAUGUCAAAGUUUUCUUUGUACUCUGAUGAUAGACAACGAUCUGGUCUGGAUGCAAUCUCAGAUAUUUAUUCAAUUUUACGCGAUGAAGCUGCAAGGUCCAACAAGAUGGACGUAAGCUAUGCACAAGCCCUUAACAGGAUUUCAAGAAUGGGUUACACUGAAGCUCAGCUCAAAGAAUGUUUAGAGGAAUAUGCAGCAUUGAAUGUGUGGCAAAUCCAUCCCAAUACCUUUGACAUCCGAUUUAUUGAUGCUUGAUUUGUCUAACUUUAAGAUUUGUCUAGGAAUCAAGUUAAGGAUGAGCUUGUUGUACUUAUUAUUGUUUUUAUAAUACAAAGUGUUAGUGACUAUGACUGUUAUGCUCUAGUUUUUUGGUGCUGGUUUUGACACUUCAUAUGAAAGUUAAACUUAUAAUGAAACAGCUAUUAGGCUUUUAUUGGUGA